AAAGAGAGCCAAGAGAAGUGACGAGAGCCCGGCACCCUCCCCCGCCCGUUUCAGCCAUAAAGACAAGUCUCCCCGUGGCCGUCGUGUCUUUGAACCCUUCUGGCCUACUCUAUCUAUCCAUUCAUCUUCCUUUCGUCCUCCAAACGACCCCGACUGACUCGACGUUCCUCACGUUCGUUUCGCCUUCUGUCCAUUUCUUUAAUACUUGAUACCCCCGAUCCAGGUCCCGCGCCCGUACAACUCCGUACGCCGUCUCACCGCAAGACACCCGGCUCCCACAAAACAACUACAACAAGCUUCAAAUCCUUAUUCGGUACUGUCAUUCGUUGGUUAAUCAGUCAACAUGUGUGGCAUCUUCGGUUAUAUCAACUACUUGGUGGAAAAAGACAGGAAGUACAUUCUAGACACACUCGUUAACGGCCUUUCCCGUCUCGAGUACCGCGGCUACGACUCUGCCGGUCUUGCCAUCGAUGGCGACAAGAAGAACGAGGUGCUUGCCUUCAAGGAGGUGGGCAAGGUUGCGAAGCUGAAGGAGCUUAUCGACAGCCAGAACCUCGACCUUGAAGAGACCUUCGAUUCCCACUGCGGCAUCGCUCACACUCGCUGGGCCACCCACGGCCCCCCUUCGCGUGUCAACUGCCACCCGCACCGUUCUGAUCCCAACUGGGAGUUCUCGAUCGUUCAUAACGGGAUCAUCACGAACUACAAGGAGCUCAAGACUUUGCUUGAGGGCAAGGGUUUCAAGUUCGAAACCGAGACCGACACCGAGUGCAUUGCCAAGCUCGCCAAGUACCUUUACGACCAGCACCCUACUGUCGGCUUCACUGAUCUCGCCAAGGCCGUCAUCAACGAGCUCGAGGGUGCCUACGGUCUUUUGAUCAAGAGCGUUCACUACCCUCACGAGGUCAUCGCUGCUCGCAAGGGUUCGCCCCUCGUUAUCGGUGUCAAGACUCAGAAGCGCAUGAAGGUCGAUUUCGUCGAUGUUGAGUACGCUGACGAUCAGCCCCUGCCCGCUGAGACUGCCUCCCAAAAUGUUGCUCUCAAGAAGUCCGCGGCUGGCCUUCUUUCUCCCAACGGCCUUUUGGGCGCUGCCGACAAGUCUCUGCUCCACCGUUCUCAGUCGCGUGCCUUCAUGACCGACGAUGGCAUGCCCAUGCCCACCGAGUUCUUCCUCUCUUCGGACCCGUCCGCCAUUGUUGAGCACACCAAGAAGGUCAUGUACCUCGAGGACGACGAUAUCGCCCACAUCCACGAGGGCUCUCUCAACAUUCACCGUCUGAAAAAGGCCGAUGGUAGUUCCAACGUCCGUACAAUCCAGACGCUUGAGCUUGAGCUUCAGGAGAUCAUGAAGGGCAAGUUCGACCACUUCAUGCAGAAAGAGAUUUUUGAGCAGCCCGAAUCCGUUGUCAACACCAUGCGUGGUCGUCUCGACGUUGCCAACAAGACGGUUACUCUCGGUGGCUUGCGCAGCUACAUUGACACCAUCCGUCGUUGCCGUCGCAUUAUCUUCAUUGCCUGCGGUACCUCCUACCACAGCUGUAUGGCAGUUCGUGGUAUCUUUGAGGAACUGACUGAGAUCCCCAUUUCUGUCGAGCUAGCGUCUGAUUUCCUCGACCGCGAAGCACCUGUCUUCCGUGACGACACCUGCGUCUUCGUUUCCCAGUCUGGUGAGACCGCUGACUCGCUUAUGGCGCUCAGGUACUGCUUGGAGCGCGGAGCCCUCACCGUUGGUAUUGUCAACGUUGUCGGCUCUUCCAUCUCCAUGAUGACUCACUGCGGUGUGCACGUCAACGCCGGCCCUGAAAUCGGUGUUGCUUCCACCAAGGCAUACACCUCCCAGUUCAUUGCCAUGGUCAUGUUUGCUCUGUCCCUUGGCGAGGAUCGCGCCUCCAAGAAGGAGCGUCGCGAGGAAAUCAUGGAGGGUCUUGGAAAGAUUAGCGAGCAGAUCUCGUCCGUCCUCACGCAGGAUCGGAAGAUCAAGCAGUUGUGCGAGGAGAGGUUCAGGAACCAGAAGUCUCUCCUGCUCCUUGGUCGUGGAAGCCAGUACAGCACAGCUCUCGAAGGCGCCUUGAAGAUUAAGGAGAUUAGUUAUCUCCACUGCGAGGCCGUCAUGAGCGGUGAGCUGAAGCACGGUGUACUGGCUCUUGUCGACGAGAACCUGCCCAUCAUCAUGAUUUUGACCCGCGACAAGCUCUUCAGGAAGAGCUUGAACGCCUACCAGCAAGUUGUCGCUAGAAAGGGCAAGCCCGUCGUCAUCUGCAACGAGAGCGACGCCGAGUUCCAGACCAGCGAUGCCGUCAAGAUCGAGAUCCCCAAGACCGUCGACUGCCUUCAGGGUAUCUUGAACGUCAUUCCUCUGCAGUUGAUCGCCUAUUGGUUGGCCGUUAUGGAGGGCCUCAAUGUCGACUUCCCCCGAAACCUUGCCAAGUCGGUGACUGUGGAGUAAGGGAUAAAUGAACGGGGUUGUCGAGCGAUCGACUUGUGCACGAAGAGACGUACGAGACAAGGAAGACAGGUCUUCUGUUGAUGAGCGGAUUUUUGAUAUACCUAUUUGUAAUAUACAUCGUGCUUUGGUCUAGGUGGGCGUGGUGGAGUAUUCUUGCUGGCUGGGAAGCACAUCAACAUCUGACCUGAAAGGAAAGGAAGAAGGAAAAGGCGAAAAGCCAAGGUGCGUCGGGGAGGUCGAAAGUGAAAUGCAAAUCAAGGGAGUCGGUGGGAUGGAACAAAUGGAAUCCGGGAUAUUGUGCUGAUGGCUUGAAGCGUUACUUGUUACUUGAUCUAUUCGUCACAUUCAGGGACGAUGUGAUGGACUGUGAUUAAGGAGUUUAGCUAGUAACAGUAAUGAUAUUACUAUCUUGAUAAUGUACUUGCGAAAGGAGUUGAAUCCGUUUCUGUUCAUGAAGACACGCGUGUUGGACAGUUUAAGGGAAGGAAGUUGACCGUAGUGGGAGCCUGAUAGACAAGCCAAUGCCAUGUUGUGAUAGCGUGUCAAUUCCCAUAUUCCGGAAUAGCAAACGGCCACGAUGUCUUCCGCGUAUGACCCUCUAUUCGUUUGAUUCCAUGAUAUUCCUUUAGGUCUCAUUAUCAACCCCGAGCCCCUACCCUCAAUCUACACGGUGCUGUCUAUAGACCACCUCAAACAGUCUGAGUACCAUAUCCCUUGAUCCGCUCAGCAAAAGCCCAGCUCUGCUUCUCCAGCUGCUCAUCCUCCUUCAGCUCGACGCCAUCCUUCGUCACAACCGCAAUGCUGUACCGAUCCAAGCUCCUCGCGUCGCGAUAAUACAGCACCUUCAUGCACUCCUUGAUAACCUCAACGGCUUGCUCGCGCGUCAACUUGGCCGCAUCCUCCUCCGUCUCCGCAUACCGGCGCAUGAUGGGCUGCGCCAGCGCGCUUCCAAAACCCGUCGCCAGGGAUGGAGAAGUGAAGGAAGUGCCGCGCAGGUCAACGCUGGCCAGGUAGGGCUUGGAGUGGCCGUCGAAACCGGCAAUCAGAAGCUGGUUCCAAAGCGGGUCGAAAUCGUUGCGCCGCUUGUAGAGGAGUUUUUGCAGAUACUUGUGCAGGUUGGCGGCGUUGAGGUGACCCUUGCCGUUGGGAGCAGCAGUGCAGGAGGGGUCCUCGUACGCUUCAUCGAUGGAGAGGUCCGUCAGGUGCCGGUCGAGGAAUUGCAUGUCGGAUACGUCGCCGGAAAAGCCGACGACGGAGGAGUCGAGGAAGACGCGGAGGCGCUUGACGUCGGGGAAGCGGGCUAGGGAGCCGUAGGAGGCAAGGUUAUCCGCGGCCAUGACUACACCAUCCUUGUACUUCAUUGCAAUGACGGAGGUACCCGUCACGAUGGGUGCUUGUGUCGCCUGCUUCGGGCCGCUGUUCUGGAGGUAGGAAUGGUCAUAGGCGCCGUAGACAUCGUCUCUGGGACGACCCCAAGCUUGCGGGCGGUGAUCCAUGGUCAACUAGAGUUGGGAAUCGAGAAUGAUCUGAAGGCGGGGUAUCGUUUCGUAAACAAGAGACGUCGACGAAAUAGUAGAACUCAGUCGCUGUUCGUGAAUGUUUCGCGCUCGCUGAGAAAGUGUUAACGUUGGUUGUUGAAUGUGGGCAAGAUAGGUAGGUAUCGAUAGGAUGGUUUGUUACGUUUGGGAUGAUGGUGUUGACGUGGGGAGCUUCCGCCUGGUUGGCUUGACGUUACGGCUGGAGGAGCUGGCAGUGGCAGGCUGCGCCAUCCAGUAAGCUCCAUCCCCUGCCCUGCAGCUUCGCGUCCAGGUGCUGCCUUCACUCCCGCUGUCCCGCUGUCCACUGUUGGGCUUGGCUUGGCGUCACUGCUUG